UUAUAAAAAGGUCUGGAGACGUGUGCACGUGUGUAAGGGUGGGCAGGGCUUUUCGGCAGAACUAACGAGGAAGCCGUGGAAGUUCUUUUCCUCAUUGAAAAACUGCGUCAUUUAUUUAUUUCCCCGUGUUUGGAGCCAUGUGAAGCUUGACGUAAAGUCUGAGCUCUGGAUGAGCAGGAAUGUGGAUUCUACCGCAGAUAUCUGGAUAAAACUUUUGAGAGGAAGAUCAAAGUUUUUUGUUUGUUUGUUUGUUUUAGUUGAGACUGCGCUGCUUCUGCGUCCGAGUCGUGAAAGAAAGACACGGCAGGCUCAAUGAAGAAUGCCAGGCUGCACAGCUCUCUUCCUCUCAGCAUUAACAGUGACUCUCUUCUGUGCUGCAGUCGGUCAGACUAAAUUCACUAUGAGUGCAGAACAGGAGGUCUACCAAGCAGAAGAAAACAGUAACAUCACAAUGACCUGGCUGCUCCAUUUCGACAUCAACAGGCCUCCUGACUUCCUACAAAUAAACCUCAUAAAUGUGAAAAAGAAGACACGGGUUUUCUUCUAUAACAGUGAGACUGGUACUGAGGUGUAUCCAGAUGAGAACUACAGAGGACGACUGCAGUGUGAUCCACAGCUCGCCAGGAAAGGACGACUUGAAUGUCUCUUAACUGAUCUCAGGCUCAACGACACGGGGACAUAUCACUGCAUCGUUGUCCUUAACGAAGAAGCUAGUUCCAAAACCUGUGACCUCAAUGUUACAGCUGCUGUCAAAAAACCUGUGGCAGAGAGAUCGACACCAGUGAGGAGAGGGAGGAACGGCCUAUAUGCAGUGCCAGCUUUGUUUAUAGUGGUGAUUUUUGUACUUUUCCUUUUGUAAAUAACUGCUGUGUAUUUAUGUGAAGUAGCAGCCCAUUACAGAUCACUCCUGAGGUCACCUCUGACUGUAAUGAGGCUGCUGACAGUUUUUUAAAGUAUUGUCAGAAUUCCUCAGAGCUGUACCACAGAGCAGUGCACACUUACAUCAUCCUCCACUCUCCCAUAUUUAACACAAACUUAUGCACUUUUAUUCCCAAGUUUGUUUGUUUUUUUUCAAUUAUUUUUCCAUUAUUUUACACCCUGACUUGCUGCAUCCCAUUUUGUUACGUUUAGACUGAAACAUGUGGAAAAGAGAAAUUUAAUCAUCACUUUACCAAAAACACUAUUUAUCCCAAAUGUCAAACAUGUUCGUUCAUCCUCGCUGGAUUGUUAUUCACACCACAAUAUUGUCAUUAUUCACACAAUGUAUUUAUUUUUCAUUGGUACAAUGUGUGGCUAGCACAAAUGCUAACCAUAAACUGAAGGUAAUAGGGUAAACAGCUGCUUUGUUAUAGUUCUUACAGUUUUAAUGCUACCUCAACUUUAAAAUUUACGUUUUUGUACUGAAGGAGUUAAAAAUAUGCUGCUAAUUAACUCUGGUGCUAAUGGAGCUCCUUCAGUUUACAUAGAAGUGUUUUUGUAUCAGCUUCUGUUUGGAAACCAUCUUCUUCUAUGGAGCAGUUUAAACUUUAUAAAGGUUUAUGUGCGGCUACGUUUUAAAGCUCAACAUGAUCAAAAUAGUUUGCUGUUUGUCAUUAAUGCAAACUAGUGUUAUGAAGUUCACCGAUCAGUGCACUUUACUCACAGCUGAUGACAAAGACUUGAUUAGAAUCAGUAAUUUGAUGAAUGUUGUUUUUUUUUUCCUUGACAUGUUUGUACCCCAUAUUAUCAACUUUAGCAGUCGCCCAUUACAGAUUACCCUUUCAGUUAACCUCUUUCUGUAAUGGCAUGUUAAUAUUAACUGGGAUUUCCUGGCCAGAUUUUAAUCAUCCACCGGACACUGUAAUGUCUGCUGGACAUUUUUUUAAGUUGUUGGUGUGACCAGAGAGGUCCAAUAAAGUGAAAUUAAUUACUUAGUGGAAUAUGUUUUACCUCUGGGGUGUCCAAAUUCAUGGGCUGCAUCCUUCUGAGGACGCAUUUGUAGACCGAUUACGUCACAGCGACGCGCCGAAGGCUGUCCAAAUUCGUAGACUCCUCCGAA